AUGGAAGCACAGCUUUGUACUCUGUGUGUGAGAAAAAGUGAGACAAAUGUUAUCAGAACAUCAGAGAAUUUCUGGUCGCCAUUAAAUCAAUGACGCAUUUGUAAGAUUGAUUUGAUUGUAGCUGAUUGUCAAAAUCCACGGGUAAAUCGAUGUCAAAUAAAACUGGCCUUUGAAAACGUUGUUGCAUGGAUCUGGACAAAACCUUGUUGCUCCUGGCAUUUCCAUAAUAUAAGCAAUAUUAGUGGAGAGGACUUAAGGAGUUCUGGAAAAUCACAAGAGGAAUGAUACGGAUUCCUCGCGAGGAAAUGAUAAACAACUGAAAAUUAUAACAUUUUUUUAAACUAGUAUGUGAUCAGGGGUAUCAGUGACGAUUAUGGUGGGAAAGACGAUGACGAUAACAAUGAUGUUAAUGGUAAGGACAGUGGUAAUGAAGAUGAUGACGAUGAUGAUGACAGUGAAGGUGAUGAUACCUGUGAUAAUGAAAAGGAUGAAGACGAUAAUUAUGAUGCAAAAGACGAUGAUGCUGACGAUCAUGACGAAGAUAACAAUACAAAUAACGUUAAUGAUAGAGGUAGUUAUGACGAAGAUGAUGCUGAUGAUUCCGAUGAAAAUGACGAUAAUACUGAUAAUGAUUAUGAUAAUGAUGCUGAUAAUGACAGGAUGAUGUCGACU